UUUUUUUUCAGAUGUUGACUAAAGGGAAGGUUUGUCUGUUGGUAGCAGAAGGAAGUCAGAACAGAGGUAUUGUGGGGUAGGUUUGUUCAGAACAGAAACCAAAGACCAAUUUUCCUGAGCAAAAGAAAGAACAUCUGCAAAUGAAAUGCUGUUUCUGCAGCUUCCAUUGCUGCUGGCUCUCCUCCCAGGUGCUGACAGCAAGGAUGGCUUCCAGGAGCCAGUCUCCUUCCACGUAAUGGGGAUCUUAUCCUUUUACAACCGUUCCUGGGAACAAAAUGUGGGCUCGGGUUGGUUGGGUGAGUUGCAGACUCAGGGCUGGAAUAGCAGCUCUGGCACUAUCAUUUACCUGUGGCCUUGGUCCAGGGGCAACUUCAGCAACGAGGAGUUGACAGAGCUGGAAACGCUGUUUCGUACGUUCUUCAUUAACUUUGCACUGACAUUUCACAACCGUAUCAUUCAAUGGCAGCUUAAAUAUCCUUUUGAUAUACAGGUAGCAGGAGGCUGUGAGCUGCACUUUGGGGAAGCCUCAGCAGGCUUUAUGCAGGUUGCUUAUCAAGGAUCAGAGUUCCUGAGCUUCCAGAACAAUUCAUGGUUGCCCUCUCCAAAGGGUGGAGGUAGGGCUAAGCUUGUCAGCAGUCUAUUCAAUUUGAACAAAGGCUUCCUUGAAAUAGUACACAGGCUGCUCACCGACACCUGCCCACGUUUCCACCUGGGUCUUCUUGAUGCAGGGAAGGCAUAUCUCCAGCGACAAGUAAGACCAGAGGCCUGGCUGUCCCCUGGCCCCAGUCCUGGUCCUGGCCGCCUGGUGCUGGUUUGUCACGCCUCUGGCUUCUACCCAAAGCCUAUUUGGGUGACGUGGAUGCGGGGUGAACGGGAGCAACAGGGCACUCAGAGAAGCGACGUCGUGCCUCAUGCCGACGGGACGUGGUAUCUUCGGGUGUCCUUGGAAGUGGAAGCCAGAGAGGCACCUGGCCUGAGCUGCCGGGUGAGACACAGCAGUCUGGGGGACCAGGACAUCGUCCUCUACUGGGGGCAUCGCAGCUCCGUGGGCUGGAUCUUCUUGGCAGUGACGGUGCCCCUGCUGCUCCUGGCAGGUCUUACAUUUUGGGCUCGGAAGCGCCGGACACUCUGUCAACCCGCAAGCUCUCGUCUCCCUUUGGAAUGAGAUCCCCGCAGCUUAGGAGCUCACAGCCCGGUGAUGCUGGCCUUCAACUCUCCGUGAACAGCUUUUCUUGUUGUUGUUUUUAUUUCUACUUAAUGAUCUGUUGUCACUGUGAGUGAAGUGUAAUUUUGCAGGAUUUGUGGUUGUAGCCUGGGUUAUGGGGCUUUAAAAUUCAAAAUUUAAAUUCUAAAUGCAGGAGGCCCUAGGGACACUCACACGUUCAAUUAUGAAAGGAUUAUCAGGCGUAUUUCAGAUGUCGCUUCCUCCAGAGAGCCUUCCCUGAUUCACAGGUGGAGGCAGUCUCUACCUUGUUGAACUCCCAUCACAGUUUGACUGGACCUUGCUAAAUCUCCUCACUUCAGACCCUUUGUUGUGUCUAUUUAGCUCUGUUUUCCCCUUCUAAUUUUUAAGCUUCUUGACAGCAGAGCGCAUGUCUUUUUACCAUUUGUAUCCUUGGCAAUGUGUCUUCCCUGCACUUAAUACGUUCUCAAUAAAAAUCCGUGCUGCACUUAUGCCGAAUUUAUAGUCUUUGAAAAUUCUUUUCCUUCCUGUCAUCUUUGUAGUAGUUGAGACAUUUGUUCCUCUUCUGGUUAAAUGUGUUGUCACUCAGCCAAGAGACUUGGCACUUUCCUAGUUCCUUAGUGAUUUCUGUAAGGAGAAACACAGUUGUGACUCUGAUUGUUCUUAUUAUUUUACUCUUGAGAACUAUUGAGGUGACAAUAUUUUUCCAAGUAUUGUAAAGAAAAAGAGGAAGACAGAAUGCAGUCCUUUAUUAUUCAGGGUGGCUCAGGGACAAGGAGCAGAGUUAUCACCUGGGAGCUUGUCAGAAAUAUAGAAUCUUGGACCUCACCUUAGACUUACCAAACCAUAAUCUGCAUUUUAUGAAAUCAGCAGGGGUUUCAUAGAGGCAGUAACAUCUGAGAGGCCCUAAUGGGCUGACGCCUGAGAGGCAGUAGUGUGAGUGUGUCCCUGAAAGAAGAUGAGCGAUAAAAGAGAACAAGAGUGCUGAUGCUCAGCACUGAAGUGAGAUCAAGGCCAAGAGAUGAC